UCUUUUUCAUUCAUCGCUUAUGCUUUGUUCUCUUCGUAGCUUCUCGUUGCGCUUCGUUCCGAGGUUCGUUUCCUCUUCGAUCCCUUCGCUUAAAUCCUUGCUCUCUGCUUCUCAAAUCCAUCCUUGGGUCUUGAGCUCUAGUUCUAGGGCUUCUCCCCACUGUUUUUCUUCUCAUUCUUAUCGUCAAUCGUUCGCUUUUUACUCUACAUCGGCUCCCGAGAUGGCCCAGUCCUCUUCGUCUGUCCAUGACUUCACUGUCAAGGAUGCUAAAGGAAAUGAUGUGGAUCUCAGCACCUACAAGGGGAAGGUCCUGCUCAUUGUGAAUGUGGCUUCUCAAUGUGGGUUCACAAACACGAACUAUACAGAGCUCAGUCAGCUGUAUGAGAAAUACAAGGACAAUGGGUUUGAGAUAUUGGCUUUCCCUUGCAAUCAAUUUGGGGGACAGGAGCCAGGAACCAAUGAGGAGAUCCUUCAAUUUGCUUGCACCCGCUUCAAGGCAGAAUAUCCUAUAUUUGAUAAGGUUGAUGUGAAUGGCAACAAUGCUGCUCCGAUUUACAAGUUCCUGAAGUCCAGCAAGGGCAGCAUAUUUGGCGACAGCAUCAAAUGGAACUUCUCCAAGUUUUUGGUGGACAAAGACGGGAAUGUGAUAGACCGCUAUGCCCCGACCACUUCCCCGCUCAGCAUCGAGAAAGAUAUCAAAAAGCUGCUGGGGGUCGCCUAAAUACUUUGUGAUGAAGUAGUAACUAUGCAAUAAUGGAUCAAUGUUUGGUCUUUGGAUGCUAUCUUUCUGCCUGCUAAGCUUUCCUCAAAUAUGUAAUAAAUAAAUACCUCAAUCUGAAGCUUGUUUCUUUUGCCGUUUGUACAGUUGUGCUUGGAAAUGUAGCUAACUAUUAUGGUGUGGUUUUAUGACUAGAUGUUUUCUGUUUGUAAUUCAAAUGGAAUGGCUAUCUUUAUUUUGAAAA